AUGGAGCACUAGACACAACCUCACAAGCCUCCACAUAUCAGGUUUCAACACGGGUGCAAAUCCAGAAACUUAUGGACUCGCAUCAGCUCUAUGACUGUUGGCGCGUCUUACACCCCGCUGAGCGGGACUAUUCCUAUUACUCAUUCUCCUCGUGCUCUUAUUCGAGAAUUGACUUAUUUCUCCUCCCACACAGAUUUUUGAAUUUAGUCCACUCCUGCAAAUACGAUGCAAUCACGUGGUCCGAUCACGCACCAAUUUCCCUCUCAAUUCAGAUUCCCUCCCUCCACCCCACUCGGACACAGUGGAAACUGAAUGAUACCCUACUUAACCACACCAAUAUCCGGAACCAAGCCGAAUCCUCCCUGGGACAGUAUUUUGAGCUCAACACACACCCAGUAUCCACUUACCCCAUCAUUUGGGAAGCACAUAAGAGCACAAUAAGAG